CAAUGUGGUACUGGUACCUAACAAGGCUCAAGACAACCUAGAAUUAUCAACCAUCGUAUCAUUCAUUUACCUUAUCCUUCCCUUGCCUUCCCACACGCGCACGCAUUCUCUCUCCCUCCAGUAGUGCAGUAGUGCAGAAUAAAUUGUUGAUAUCUCUGAGGCGAAGAUGCCAAUGACCUUUGCUCUGCCAGACGUUCUAGACCCUCCUUCUUGCCGGUCAAAUUCACUAGAAGACAGACUAAUACACCAUUAGGUAGGCAUUUUAGCUUAUUGCUCCUCCCCCGCCAGGCUCUUAAGGUUUAUAUUUCCUGAUGACGGGCAACCGUUGCAGGAGCGAUUCAUUCGAUCAGGCUCGAUUAUAGCGACGAUCCUUUUAAGUUUGGUCACCUCAUUUGAAUCUAUUGUCUAGAAUUCUAAAGCUAUAUGAAAGCUUCGCAAAAGCUUGUUCAGUUCAGUUAAAACAAUCACUCGUCUUCCAGGUCUGCUACUGCCUAUCUAUUACUGCCUAUCUGCUACUGCCUAUCUGCUACUGCCUAUCUGCUACUGCCUAUCUGCUACUGCCUAUCUGCUUUCUACAUUACCUUUCCAGCUGAAUUGAAACGCCACCACAAAUCAUACCCUGCGAAGGUAGUCAAGAUAGCGCCACAAGGGACGUCGUGGUUUCGUGGUUCGCAAAACUAAAAAAGGUGUGGUAACACGAAGCGGGAAGCCUUGAUCAUAUUCACGAGCGGGGCUGAUAUCUUUCAGACCUAUCCUCUACCACUUUUUACUCAAGGCCAGCUUACUCCCUAAUAUUGGUUAAGGAUAUUUAAGGAAUCUGGAAAUAAUGGCUGCACAAUUUGGAACUUCUCGAACAAAUCGAGGGGAGACUUCUCUUGAUGCGGCAAUGCGAGCGCCUUCUACCACCGCCCCAGAUGUCGUCGUUCUUAGCUUUGUAGACGAAGAUGUAAAGAUUAAAGAAGUGGCAGAUCCAAAGAAGGAUCUUUGGGUAUCUAGUAUCGACGGGUAUGUCAAAGUAUUGUCUCUUGCGAUUCUGUCUAGAUUGCACAUCCAUUUUCCCAAAGUCGCAAACAAAACGAUACUGAUUUAUAAUCACAUAGUCGCUAUUCAUCGCCGAUAAUUCCAAUCCGUGUUGGACCUCACGCCGAAACUUUUUAUGUUCACCGCGAUGUUUUAACCAAAUCAGAAUACUUCAGAAAAGCUCUUGGUGGGGAGUUUAAAGAGGCCUCAGCCCAAGCCAUCGAUCUACCCGAGGAAGACCCCAAUCUGUUCGAGUUUCUCAUUGCUUUCCUUUACGAGUCAAAGUACUGCCCUUUACGUCCUGUCGCAGAAAUCAUUGUCGCCGAGCCUGAAAAGGGUAAAGGAAGGGAACAGAACGACGAUGGAAAUGCUUCUGGUAGUGAAGACGGAACAGAGAGUGGGACCGCGAGCGAUGAAAGGUAGGAUACCAACUGAAUCUUCAAAAACUGUAUUAAAUCUUCAUGCUAAAUGCGUCAAGUGCCAGGAGCCGGAGAAGACGGGAGGCUCGUCGGAGACGUCAGGAACGAGCCUGGGAACAAAGACAACGAAAGGAACCUGGACGCCAUCGACCAGAUUGUAAUUGUGCGCAAUGUACCCUAGAAUCUUAUGGUCCAGCUUGCUGGAAUUGUGGCGUGACGAGAAGAAUACCUCCGCCCAGAAAUCGUUGGAUGAAUGGCCUACCACCUCCACCUCAACCAGUGCCCGUCAUGGGACGCAAUGGCUAUCCACACCCUCCCGGCCAUAGAGAUCCUAUAAGAGGCUCUCGGAAUAAUGCCUUGGAUGAACCACCUGUGGAGGAGAGAAUGUCUCAAGAAGACUUGAGGACCUGGUCAAUAGCCUAUUCUAUAAGUGUUAAUGUUUACGUUUGCGCUGAGAGGUAUCUGAUGCAGGACUUCAAAAGCUGUGUAGCGGCAUUCAUCGUAAACAAUUUUGAGGUUGCCGGCUCAGAUGCUGCAUUACCAUCAGUCUUGCAUUCAUGUAAAACAUUAUAUGAUGGCGUAAGCUCAAUGGAUCCUCUCCUUAAGAAAGUCUUCGCUCGAGUUGGUUUCUUACAAGCUAGACUGUGGAAGAAAUAUCCCGAGGAAACCUCAAAUUUCUUUAUGGAUAAUCCGGAAUUAUCUACUCUGAUUCUCAAGGAAAUGGCCGAGAGGAGAGAGGAGGACGUCAAAGAUGACUUGCCUGCCAUGGAACGUCCUCCGUUGCCACCUCUGCCAAGAGAAGAGAUAAUGCAGGGUCAGAGACGUCGAAAUUAUGGUCCAAUUCCUCAUUACUAGCCCUGACAAUACUACUGACGACCUCCUCCGCCGAAUAACUAGUACGUGACCUAAAAUACUAUCAUGCAGGCAUAUCGAAAUUUUCUUUUAAUUUGUGGGGUCAAAGUAGAGCAAGGGCUCAUAUUUCGGUUUUACAUUGGGAUAUCUGGGAAUCUGGGGAAUUGUGAUACCUUGCAUAUUAGUGGGCAUUUUCUCCUUAUACCCUUAUCGUUAACAGAAGCAAAGACUGCUGGGUGGGACUGGCGUUUGACGGCAGGUUUCGAUUAUAGCUACGGCAUACGGCAUUAAAUUUAUUAGUACGGAAAAAAUACAAAUUUCGGUGUAGUGAAGCCCGAUGUCCUAACGCAACUGUGAUGU